UUGUGCGCAUGCGUACAGGAGUAGUUUAUAGCUGCAAUUCUGCUACGUAGCUUAGACUUGCGUCCAACCUUGUUUUCGUCGAUAUUUAGACACAAAACAAGGGAAAAAGUAAUAUCGUCAUCUUGCAGCUUUCUUUACUAUAAAUUCUAGCAUGGCGUUAAAUGUCUGUUCACGGCUGACGAGAAGUUUAGUCCGCGUUGUAGCGAGCAGAAGUGUCAUUCUUGUCACAAGACCACUGACGAGUUCAUGCUGGACACAUUUACGUUGCUUACAGCGUAUCCGCGUCAUUCGUUAUGAUGGUGCUUCUUCGUUACUAAAUUUCAGCUCUUCUAGCCAGCCUUCAAUAGAUGUGUCAUAUGAGCAGCUGAAGAAACUGCUGGUGUCCCGAUCCGGAUUGGUUAUAGACGUCCGUGAGCCGUGGGAACUCAGGGAAUACGGGAACAUACAGGGGUCUAUUAACGUUCCACUGGGACAGUUGAAUGGAGCUCUCCAGCUCGAACCUGAUGAAUUCAAGGAGAAAUACAGAGGGGAUAUGCCAUCACAAUCCCAAAAUAUAGUGUUCACCUGCCUAGCUGGUGUAAGAAGCAAAACUGCCCUGGAAGCUGCAGUGUCAUUAGGAUACACCAAGGUUCAGCAUUUUCCAGGCGGAUGGCAAGAAUGGGCAGAACGUGAAUUAAUACAAACCAAAGAGUGAUUGUCCCAUUGUAGUCAUGUUAACACUGUGAAAGAAGUUUGACUUGUACUGCAAUCUCAAUUGACACUGAGUCAAAAUGUGCCACUAAGACUCUGUAAUUUUAAUGGUAUUGACUGGAAGUAAAGGAAUAGUGUGAUUACAUUAUAAACCAAGAUGCAUUAGUAGUAUAGUAUUGUUAGAAUAUUGGCAUCAAUGCACAUUCUACUCUAUUUCAUUUGACAUAUAGCCUACUGUAGUAUAGUUGGAAUGGGAAGUGCAGUGACCUGCAGUGUGUAUGGUACAAUUUCUGUUCAAAGGGCUGUUGGCUAUUUGCCUAAUACGUAAACCUAAAUAUUUUGAGCAGGCAAUCCAAAUAUCAGGGCAAAAACAUUUAUCAAAUGAUUUAUGUUCAGUUUGCAUAGUACUAUAAAGUGGAGUGUUGUAAUAUUGAAAGUAAAACUUUAAUGUUA